AUGUGCUCUCCUGCCAGUCCCAAAAUCCUGUACAGGAAUCCCCGGUUCCUCCGGCUAGCUUUUCUGCAGCUUCAUCACCAGCAACAGAGUGGUGUGUUCUGUGAUGUCCUUCUGCAGGCAGAAGGUGAGGCAGUCCCAGCCCAUUGCUGCAUCCUUUCGGCCUGCAGCCCCUUCUUCACAGAGCGCCUGGAGCAGGAGAGGCCAGCUCAGGGUCGGAAGGUAGUGCUCGAGCUGGGGGGCCUGAAGAUUAGGACACUUAGGAAGCUGGUGGACUUCCUGUAUACCUCAGAGAUGGAAGUAUCUCGAGAAGAAGCCCAGGAUGUGCUUUCUGCUGCCCGUCAGCUCCGUGUAUCUGAGCUAGAAUCCCUUCAUCUAGAGGGUGGGAAGUUGGUGAAGGCCCCUCAGGGUCGAAGACUGAACAGGGAGUGCCUACAACCUCCAAGUGCUGCUCCCAUCUCUGCCAGGGUGGUGGCAUCCAUCUGCCGCCCGCGAACUCCACUGCCUGUUACCCAGACUCCCUGUCCUCUUGGGGCAGUGAGAUUGAAGUCCUCGGGGAAGGAGGAGGGGCCCCAGGAGAACAACCGACAGAACACAGAGAACCUGUCGGGCACGCUUCUGCUCAAGAGGAAGGCCAGAGCCUGCCCAACUCCACAAGAAAAAAGCUCUUCACCGUCAAGCCACAGUCAGGGACCUAAAGAGAACAAAAGUUACCCUGCCCUUGGUCCUACAGCACUUUCCCCACCCAGCUUGUACCCCUCUGUGGACGAGCGACUGUUGCCCAGGAAGAUCAGGCUGAGCCGCUCAAAGCUGUCUCCUGACGUCUGUACGUCCAAGCCUGCCGGCCUUUUAAGUGGACCCAGCUCAGUACCCCCAGCCCCUGGCCGGCGUCUUUGGCGGCAGAAGAGUAUAAAGAAAGAAGCACCAGAGGACAAGCAGAAAGCAGGGCAAACUAGUCCUCUACAGAGCACCCCAAGACAAUCUGGUCUUGGAAAGUCGGGUGGGAACAGGAAGCAGAGCCCUGAAGCCAGGGCACCUCACUCAGACCCUGCAGAGGGGCAGGUUGGCAGAGUGAAGCUUCGCAAGAUUGUCAACGGGACCUGCUGGGAGGUAGUUCAAGAGCCUCCCAUCAAAAACUCUCAAGGUAGCCCUCAGAUCCCAGAGCCUGAAGACUCAAGAGAGCCUCCAGGGACUCAGCCGUCCUCAGGUAACGAGCAGGAAGUGACAUCUGCUAGAAUAGACCUGUGUGAGGACUCCCCCAUGCACUCUAGGCUACAAGACAUUCUGCUCUCUGCUAGCCACUCCCCAGACAACCCAGUGGUGAAGUCCGAGUUUGGGUCCAGUCCAGAGUUGAUAGGGAGGGAACCGGGAUUGGAUAUUGACUGCAGAGAGCCCUAUGCAGUUGACACAGGCCCGCUCGGGCAGCCAUGCGAGGCUGAGGAGUACCGAAUCACCAGUGCUGCUGCCACCAGUGAGCUGGAGGAAAUCCUGGACUUCAUGCUCUGUGGCUCAGACAUCGAGCCACCCAUAGGGUCUCUGGAGAGUCCCCGGGCUGAGGGCUGCAGGACCCCUAGUUAUCACCUGACAGAAACAGGAAAGAACUGGAUUGAAGGGGAAGAAUGGUGUUUGCCAGACGUGGAGCUCUGGCCCAGGGAAAUCACAGGAUUGGAAAAGGAACCUGCUGGUGGGAACAAAGGGCCAAUUGAGCCUUUUAGCCCCCUUGUCAUGCCCUCUGAGGUGAGUGAAGGGGAGGUGCUUUCAGUGGGAGGCUCUUGGACUCCAGACCUAGAAAUUCCCAGCUCCCAGCCACUGGACGGCCAGAGAGACAAACUUCUCCACAUCAACUCCCUUGACCCUCCCCUAAGGUCCUAUGGGGACCUCUCACCUCCCUGUUCAAACUGGGUAGAGACUGGGCUGGAAGUGUCCCUAAGUACGGCUGGAGUAUUAUACCCUGCUCCAGAGGCAAGCAAGCAGGGAUCUGGCAGCUCUGAGUUGUUGGAUCCACUUCCUGUUAGCCCUGAAGAGGAAGAGAUUGAUGUGGUGGACUCGAUGUCAGAGGGGAUUGUGCCCAUGAGUAUUUACUCCGUAUGGCCCGACCCUUCCUCAGAGUCAGAAACAGAGGUGGACAUACUAACAUAG